ACAAGUUUUUUGCUCGUGUUCUGAUUGUUUUGAUGUUCUUACAUUUUAUUUCAUUAAUUUUCAAAUAAUCCAAUAAAUUACCACUGAUCAUGGAGGACAGCCGUUUCUCGCAUGUUAAAAUCGACCCCAAAUUCCGACGAAUAUCAAAAAAGGAAAGAAAAGUUAAAAUAGACAAGAGAUUCCAAUCCAUGUUUAAUGACAAAAAAUUCAAAGUGAAAUACACCACAGACAUUAGAGGACGACCUGUAAACCAGACAUCAAAUGAAGAUUUGAAAAGAUAUUAUGAACUUAGUUCUGAUUCUGAUAGAGAAUUUCCAGAUGGUAGGAAAUCAGACAGUGAAGAACAAGAGCAUAAAGGAGAAAGAAAGUUUCUAAAAUCUCCAAAAGAAAACAAGGUGAUAAGUGAACUAAAAAUCAAGAACAAAUCUGAUGGAGUUGUUGUCGAUGCAACUAAGAAAAAACUUCAGAAUCUAGAUAUUGAUUAUGCCCGUGGGGAGUCAACAUUAUUAUCAGAAAGCUCAUCAGAUGAUGAGGGUAGUAUAGAAGAUAUAUCUGAAACUGAAGAAGUGGAUCACAAGUGGGGUGAACUUGACAAUGAUGCUGAGCUCACUGAUGAAGUAACUUCCCGGCUAGCAGCUUGUAACAUGGACUGGGACAGAAUUCGAGCAAUGGAUUUAAUGGUUCUUUUCAAUUCAUUCUUACCCUCAGGGAGUGUUAUAAAAUCUGUUGCUAUAUAUCCAUCAGAAUUUGGUAAAGCUAGAAUGAAAGAGGAAGAACUCAAGGGACCUACAGAGCUGGUAGAAACAAAAACAGACAACAAUGAUGAUAAUGAGAAUGAAGAUGGUUCCAAUUAUCACAUGGAGAAACUUAGGCAGUACCAACUCAAUAGACUCAAAUAUUAUUAUGCAGUUAUAUCAUUUGACAAUGCAAUUUCAGCUAAUAAAAUAUAUACAGAGUGUGAUGGGAUGGAAUAUGAAUCUAGCUCUAUCAAAAUAGAUUUGAGAUUCAUUCCUGAUGACAUGCAAUUUGAUGAUGAACCCAAAGAAAUUUGUGAUAAAUUGCCUGAAGUUAAUAAAUAUCAGCCAAGGUUCUUCACAACUACUGCUUUACAGCAAGCUAAAGUUGAUUUAACAUGGGAUGAAACUAAUCCAGACAGAAUUGAACUCACACAAAAACUCAGUUCAGGUAAAAUUGAUAAUAUUUCAAAAGCUGAUUUGCAGAAUUAUUUAGCCAGUAGUAGUGGAAGUGAAGAAAGUGAAAGCGAUGUGGAAAAUGCACCCACUGAAGGUUCAGAUGGAGAAAAUGGAAUAGGCACCAUUGAUAAGUAUAAGGCAUUGUUACAAGAAAUAGAAGAUGAUGAGAAAUCAAAGAAGAAUAAGGAUGUAGAAAUGGAAAUUUCAUGGGGAAUAGACUUGAAGGAAAAAACUGAGAAACUUGUCAAAGAUAAGAUGAACCAUACUGAGCAGAAAACACCUUUUCAAAAAUAUCUGGACAAGAGGAAAGAAAAACGAAAAGAAAAGAGAAGCCAGAGGAAAGGGCAAAAUAAAGAUGAUAGUGACUCUGAUAUUCCUUCUGAUAUAGAUAUGAGUGAUCCUUACUUUGCAGAUGAAUUCAACAGUUCUGAAUUCAAGAAACCAUCAAAAAAAUCCAAACAGAAGGUCAAAGAUUUUGAAGAAGGAAUGGAUGAACAAAAGCAUGCAGAAUUAGAACUUUUGUUAAUGAAUGAAGAUAGUAGCCAGAAACACUUUAGUCUUAAGAAAAUACAAGACAGUGAGAAAGAAUCAAAGAACAAGAAGAGUAAAAAUAAGAAAAAAGCAGCAGAUGAUGAAAUAAUUGAUAAUGAUUUUCAAGUCAAUGUUCAAGAUGAGAGGUUUUCAGCAUUAUUCACUAGUCAUCAUUAUAAUAUUGAUCCAACUAAUCCACAUUAUAAGAAAACAAAGGCAAUGGAGACCUUAGAAAAAGAAAAGUUGAAGAGGCGAACUGAUGGGGAAGUUGACAAAGCAGUUGAAAUUAAUCAAAAAAAAAUCAAAAGAAAUGUGGAAUUGAGUUUGUUAGUGAAAUCUGUCAAGAGGAAAACUAAUGAAUAUUUGAAUAAAUGAUACCUGGAAUGAU